AUGUCGGCGAGCAUUUUAGCAGCAGUGUGCAGAUUAAUAGAGCUGAAAAGUGAAAACAUGGCUUCUAAAAUCAACCCGCUUCUCUCCCGCCAUUUUUCCCUUCUUAGACCACAUCGCUUCUCAACUACCCAACAAUUCUUGAUUCCCACCAAGAGAACAUGCAUACAUCUCCUCAAAAACUGCAAAUCUAUGAACCAAUUGAAGCAAAUCCAGACCCAAAUCUUUGUUCUUGGUCUCGCUCAAAACGUGGACGCUAUCAAGAAGAUCAUGGCUUUCUCCGCAGACCCAUCCGUUGGAAACUUAAGCUACGCUCAGAGAAUUUUUGACCGAAUAGAAACACCUUAUUUGUUCGUUUAUAAUGUGAUGAUUAAAGCAUAUACAAAGAGUGGUGAUUUCGGAAAAGCUCUUUGUUUGUUUGAUCAGAUGAGGGUAGAUGGGUUGUGGCCGGAUAAUUAUACUUACCCGUUUGUGUUUAAGUCGAUUGGGUGUUUACGAGAGGUUUUGACUGGUGAAAAGAUUCACGGGUUUGUUGUGAAAUCUGGAGCUGAGUUUGAUUGCUAUGUUUGUAAUUCAGUUAUGGAUAUGUAUGGUGAGUUGGGUCGCAGUGAGGACAUGAAGAAGGUGUUUGAUGAAAUGCCUGAACGAGAUUUGGUCUCAUGGAAUGUUUUGAUAUCUGGGUAUGUUAGGUGUAAGAAAUUUGAGGAUGCUGUUGGUGUUUAUUUGCAGAUGAGAGAAGAGGAAAGUGUGAGGCCUGAUGAGGCCACAGUGGUAAGCACUCUUUCAGCAUGUAUAGCAUUAAAGAAUUUGGAACUCGGCAAGGAAAUACACCAUUACGUUACUCAUGAAAUUGGGUUUACUACUAUAAUUGGCAAUGCAUUAUUGGAUAUGUAUUCCAAGUGUGGAUGUUUGGACGUGGCACGUGAGAUUUUUGAUGGGCUACCGAAGAAAAAUGUAAUUUGCUGGACAAGCAUGGUGUCUGGUUAUGUGAGUUGUGGGCAAUUAGAUGAUGCUAGACUCUUGUUUGAUAGAAGCCCGGUUAAAGAUAUUGUUCUUUGGACAGCUAUGAUAAAUGGAUACGUGCAGUUUAAUAAUGUAGAUGAGGCAAUGGUCUUGUUUCAGCAGAUGCAAACCUAUAGAAUUAAGCCUGAUAAAUUUACAGUGGUUGCUCUCCUAACAGGUUGUGCACAAGUUGGGGCCUUAGAACAAGGGGAAUGGAUUCAUGAAUAUAUGAAUGAACAUAGAAUAAUAAUUGAUGCUGUAUGUGGUACUGCUCUUAUUGAUAUGUAUGCCAAAUGCGGGCGCAUAGAGAAGUCUCUGGAGGUAUUUUAUGGAUUACAGGAGAAAGAUACAGCCUCAUGGACAUCUAUUAUAUGUGCACUUUCAUUAAAUGGGAAGAGCGGUAAAGCACUCCAGUUGUUCUCUGAGAUGAAGGAAUAUGGUUUUAGACCUGAUGAUAUUACCUUCAUAGGUGUCUUAAAUGCAUGCAGUCAUGGGGGAUUGGUGGAGGAAGGCCGGAGGCAUUUUGAAUCAAUGAAAUCUGUAUAUGAAAUUGAACCAAAGAUAGAACACUACGGGUGUUUAAUUGAUCUUCUAGGUCGUGCUGGGCUAUUGAAGGAAGCAGAAAAAAUAGUUAACAAAAUCCCAAAGGAGAAAGAUGAGAUUUUGGUUCCAGUUUAUGGUGCUUUGCUCAGUGCUUGCAGAUUAUAUGGUGAUGUUGAUAUGGGUGAGCAUUUAGCUGACCGGUUAAGUGAAAUUGAAGAUGGUGAUUCUAGUAUUCAUACACUCAUGGCGAACAUUUAUGCUUCUGCCGGGAGAUGGGAGGAUGUGAAGAAGGUAAGAAGCAAAAUGAGAGCUAUUGGAGUCAGAAAGGAGCCUGGAUGUAGUUCCAUUGAGGUUAAUGGCAAUGUCCAUGAGUUUCUAGUUGGAGAUGCCUCUCAUCCUGAUAUGAUAGAUGUUUAUUCUAGUUUGAACACAUUGGUGAAACUGUCAUCUGCAUCCGAGAAAUAUGACGUGGGUCUAGAUAAUGUGGUUGCAACAGAUUCUUGAUAGGAUCAUAUACAUUGGAAGCCUAUGGGUCCAGAUAUUAGCAACAUUAUCUCUAGUGUUUCAAGAAGAAAAGAAAAGAGAACUGAGUGUUCAAUAUCUAGUCAGACUUCAUAGAUGGCAAUGCACAGUAAACGGGCUUUAACAAUUAGCAAGAAAAUUGAUGACUUGGUGACCAUGGGUCGGGGUGGAAGAUUGACAGUUUCCGCAACUGCAACUAUGGGGAAAUGAGCACAAAGAGAACAGGUGGUGCUGCUAGUUACUGUAUUCAUCAGAUGGACUUCUUCGUACUCAAUCAGGUGGAUGAGGUACUUGUGCAAACUUGCAUAUAAGAUUGUCACAUGUGCAUCAUUUUGAUAUUAUACAUCU